UCUUUGAAACCUCUUGCUGUUGCAAAAAUGCUGAGGACACAGCCAUUCGUCAUCGCCAUCCUCCUGGUUUUAUCGUUACAGCUUUUUACUUAUAUCUCUUAUGCGGAUGUUGGAACGGCUGCCUGGCAUACUCCCCCAUUUAUGCCUACAACAUGUUAUGGAACUUAUGGAGCCGAACAUGAAACUCAGUUUCCAUCAAGCAAUUUGUUUGGAACAGCCGGAGAUGGAAUAUGGGACAAUGGUGCAUCAUGUGGGAGACAAUACUUGGUAAGAUACAUAAGCGCCACGGAGCCUAACACUUGUUUACCUGUCCUCACCAUCCAAAUCAAGAUUGUUGGAUAUGCUCUUCAACCUGCCUCUCCACCUUCUGGUUCUGGCACCACCAUUGUUUCAUCGCAGACAGACGGCCUUUGCCGCCAUAACCAACUCAUCUUCUUAUGGUGCUUUGUUUCAAUUAUGGUUGAUAGCCUGAUAGUAUUGGAUUUGAGUGGUGGAUUCAGUAACAAAGGUUUCAAGUCUGCCCCUAUAGGUUUCUACCGAAGUACUGCUACUGAUGCUGCUUUUGAUAGUGCUGUCCUUGAUUCUCUGGCUUAUGAGUUAGAUGAUUCUGUAAGUACUUGGGACAAACAAACAAUCAUACCGAUGCAGCUUUUAAUAAUGUGGCUUAUAGAUGGUUUUCUACUCUGA